AUGGAGAAUUGCGUGAGAGGUCGAGCGGGGGGAAGGGUAGGGCAGGAGGCGGCGUCGCUGCCCCUGCCCCCGCCGCCGCGCAUGGCGGCCGCGAACUCCUCGGCGGCGGCGGCGUCCAUCCGGGCGCACCUGGCGCGGACCGCGAGCGGGGUGGACGCCCAGCCGUCGCCGCGGUCGCUGCUGUCGCGCAUCCUGCUGCGCGGGGGCGGGGACGGCGGGAGUGGAGGGGGAGGGUUCGGGUGCCGGGUGCGGCUGCCGCGGCGGUACGGCGGCGGCAUGAGGGAGGAGCGCAAAGACGGCUCCGUCUCCGAGCAGGGGGAGACUCCCCGCGUGAAGGUCGUGGAGCCGCCGCCGCCGCCACCGGAGCUGCCCCUCGAGACGCCGCGGAGUUCCUUAGGGAGGAAGAAGCCGGAGGAGGAGCUGGUGUCCAUGAACCUCGGGCUGGGCGCGAGCCUGGUGCUGCUGCUGUCCAGGAGCGCCGUGGAGCUGAACAAGAUGGUGGAGCUGCGCGCGCAGAUGGAGGCGCUCGUGUCCGAGAUCAGGCAUGCGGCGCAGUGGAAGGAGAACGCGAACCACCCCGCCGGCGCCCCCACCGCCUCCACGUCGCGGGAAUCCAACGGCAGCAGCGCCACCACCGCCAACGUGAAGGACCCGAUCGCGUUCCCCGCGGCCGACGCCGACGCGGCGUCCAACUGCUCCCGCACGACCGCCGACAACGCGGUCUCCGGGCGCGCGGCCGCCGUCGUCAUCGACCAGCUGGAGGCGGAGCUCCAGGCCGAGCUGGGCCGCAUGCAGCGCGGCACGGACCGCACGGCGCACGGCGGCGGCGGCGACGAGCGGAUCGCCCCGAUGCAAGGACUCGAGUUGCCAUUGCUGAAGGUGAAGACGAAGGCCGGCAACGCCAUCGGUAGCACGUCGCGGAGCCGCGUCGUGGACGGCGGCGGCGCCAGGGACGGCGAGGUGGUAGACGGCAAUGCCGAGGAGGAGGAGGAGGAGGAGUACGAGGAGGCCGAAGAGGAGGACGAGGAGGAAGAGGAGGAGGAGGGAGGGUACGACGAGGACCGGUCGAGCCCCCCGCACGGCGGCGUGUCGGCGCGCGCGCUGGAGCGGCGGCUGCACGAGCUGCUGCAGAAGCGGCAGCAGGAGCGGAUCGUGGAGCUGGAGUCGGCGCUGGACGCCGCCCAGCGGCGGCUCCACGAGAAGGAGCGCGAGGUCGUGUGGUGGCGCGACGCCGCCAAGCUCGUCUCCCACCGCCGCGACGAGUCCCGCCGCUUCGUUCGGUAG